AUGUCCCAAGGAGAAAGAGGCCUAUAUUUGAAUAUCACAGAAAAAGAUCGGUUUACACAGGUGCUGGGAGAUACGAUGGAUGGAUUGGCAACUCGGGCUUCAAGCGAUCGAUCUUUAAAUGAUCAAUAUGUCAAGGGGCUUGCAACUGGAGAAGCUAACUUCACAAGACUUCAGAGACUAUCCAGCCUAGUGCAGUGCACACCAGAUUUAUUCGGGGCUGAUU